GCGUGUUGCAGGCGUCACCUCCUUAGCGGUGUGCAGUGAUGAGCGGUCUGUAAAAUAACAUAACUUUGCGGAAAAGAAAGACAACAUGAAACCUAACAAAUACAAACAAUCCCAUUCAACUGAGAGGGAAUUUGGAGGUGCACUGGGUGCCACCUGCAUCCCAGUGUUCCUGCCUUUGACAGUUCUGUACCUGCUGAGUGUGUGUCGGUCUCCAGCAGCUAGUGUGCUUCAGUGGCCUCCACCUCUUACCCCCGCUGCCCAGUUAUGGGACCCCUUAGCUGUGGUUCUGGUUGCAGGUUGGAUCACCCUGCAGAGCUUUCUAUACCUGCUGCCAGUGGGGAAGGUUUCUGAAGGAUUAGUCCUUAGAGAUGGAUCCAGGCUGAAAUAUCCUAUUAAUGGUUUUCAUUCCCUCUGCAUUACUGUUGCCCUUUUGUUACUGUGUCUUGGGCUUGGGAUGCCCCUCGGGUAUCUCUUUGAACUUGUGUUGCCUCUGGCUGUGUGUGCCAUUGCUUUGUCCUACCUGUUGUCUAUGUACCUCUACAUUCGCUCAUUCUGGGCUCCUAAAUAUGCUUUAUCCCUUGGAGGAAACACAGGAAAUCCCCUGUAUGACUUCUUCAUUGGUCGAGAGCUUAACCCUCGCAUUGGGGACUUUGACUUGAAAUAUUUCUGUGAACUCAGACCUGGAUUAAUAGGCUGGGUAGUAAUAAACCUGGGGAUGCUGAUGAAAGAGGUAGAGCUAAGGGGCUCUCCAUCUCUCGCCAUGCUGCUUGUGAAUGUCUUCCAACUCCUCUAUGUCACAGAUGCUUUAUGGAACGAAGAGGCUGUGCUUACAACUAUGGACAUUGUACAUGAUGGAUUUGGGUUCAUGUUGGCAUUUGGAGAUCUUGCUUGGGUUCCUUUCACAUAUGGCCUUCAGGCCAUGUUUUUGGUUGUGCACCCACAGCCAGUUAGUACCCUUGGAGCAGCAGGGAUUGUUCUUUUAAAUGGAAUUGGAUAUUAUAUUUUUCGAAGGUCCAACUCUCAGAAAAAUCAGUUUAGACGAGACCCUACAAACAAAAGUGUAAAACAUCUAGAAACUAUUGCCACCGCAACAGGAAAGCGCCUGUUGGUAUCCGGAUGGUGGGGGUUUGUCAGACAUCCAAAUUACUUGGGGGACCUUCUAAUGGCUCUGGCUUGGUCCCUACCAUGUGGAAUGUCACAUAUUUUGCCUUACUUCUAUGUCAUAUAUUUUACCAUCCUGCUCAUCCACCGAGAGGCCAGGGAUGAGAAUCAGUGCAGAGCCAAGUAUGGACUCGCUUGGGAUACAUACUGCAAACGAGUCCCCUAUAGAAUAAUCCCUUACAUUUACUAAUGCAGACCAAUGAGCUUUGAAGACCUUACAAUAAAACACGGACACGAACAUUGAUGUGUGUUAGUGCUAGCCAGCACUGGUGCUGAAUGACUGGUCCCUGCUGAAAUUUGACAUCAAAAUGAAAGAGCAAAAAACACAAACUCCUGUGGAAACCAUUGUGUUUUAGGUUGAU